UGUGUGUGUGUGCAUGUGUGAGUUUGUUGCCGAAGCUGGUGUGUCAUCCAUGACCGGUCCUGUUUCCUUCACAAGUCAGACUUCACCACAGUAGCCUUGAACUUUAUGUCAGCUAACCAGAUCUCUAAAGUAAUAGUGCAGUUCUGAAUAUAUCUGCCAUCGAUGAGAUUUUACCCCUUUGUCUAGUUGUAGUUUUCUAAUGACGACUUCAGUUCAGUGCAGAUGACAACAUUGUCGUUUUGACGUGAAACCAAUUUUAGUGAGUUUUCAAACAACCGCCGCAAUAGCUGCGUGUUGGGGGCCCUGCAGCGUUAUGGCCGAAUCUUCAUCGUCUAAGAAGAUGAUGGGAUUUGGGUCGACGCCGCAGUCGCAGGGCAAAUCAUUCUGGAAGAGAGGUGGGGGUGGACGCCUUCCAGCACCAGGAUCGGUGAAGCCAGUGUUUGGCGCUCAGCACCCACCUCUCAAUGCUCCUAUCGAUGCUGUUUCAUCGCCCGCUGCUACAUCCAAGCAGUCUGUUUCUGUUUCUCCAACAAAAUCGACGGCAUCGCGAACGUUCUCACUUGGCGUUGAGUCUCGCACAGAUUCUAGUCGAACCCGGUCGGCGUCUUAUGAUGAGACAGUACCGGCGGCAGGACCUACGCCUGCGAGCUUGCGGGAUGACAGUGUGUCUACGCCGUCCGCAUCGACACCGAAACUGCCUGUACUGUCUGAGCGCGAAGCGCUGAGAUUGCAGAAGUUUGUGCGCCUGAUCGAGGGAACUCCGCAAACACCACUAGAGGAAUUAAACAAGAUCAGUUGGUCUGGCAUUCCGUAUCCUAUUCGACACACUGUCUGGAAGCUAUUAUCAGGCUAUCUACCGGCUAAUGUAGAACGUCGGCAAGCGACGCUGGAACGGAAGCGCAAUGAGUACCGGUCCUUCGUAAAACAGUACUACCACACUCGCCUCCAAGACCAGCAUCAGCAAACCUUUCACCAGAUUACUAUUGAUAUUCCGCGUAUGAAUCCAACAUCACUCUUUCAACAAACUAUCGCCCAAGAGUGUUUUGAACGCCUGCUCUACAUCUGGGCAAUGCGACAUCCGGCCAGUAGUUAUGUGCAAGGGAUGAAUGACUUGGCCACUCCGUUCUUUGUCAUUUUCCUCGGCGCCUAUCUCGACCCUGCUGAGGCACAGGAUGCCCAGACUGCCGACCUGUCCAAGAUGUCCAAGGACGCCAUCGCAGAAGCAGAGGCGGACACAUACUGGUGCUUGACGAAGCUGAUGGAUGGCAUCCAGGACAACUACACGUUUGCUCAGCCUGGUAUUCAGGUGAAAGUACACAAGCUCAAGGAGCUGGUCAAGAGAAUUGAUGCACCGCUCUUCCAGCACCUCGAGGACAACAAUAUUACCUUCCUUGAGUUCACGUUCCGCUGGAUGAACAAUCUACUUAUCCGCGAAGUGCCGCUCCAGUGUAUAAUCCGCCUGUGGGACACCUACCUGUGCGAACGGGACGGGUUUGCCACGUUCCAUCCGUACGUGUGCGCCGCGUUUCUUGUCAAUUUCUCCAAAGAGCUGAGGGCACAAACCGACUUCCAGGGACUGAUGAUAUAUUUGCAGAACUUGCCGACGAGUGACUGGGAUGAGCGGCAGAUGAACGAGAUAUUGGCGUCAGCCUUCCAGUGGAAGUAUAGCUUCAAUGACGCGCCCAACCACUUGGGCUAACAAGAUACCUGAUGUUAAUGUGCGCCAUAGAUCAUCCCGCUUGCCGGCUUCUGGUAACUGAACUGUUUGUGCUGUGCGCAGAUUGUAUACCAUCAUCGUUUCUGUUGACAUUGAUUGCAUGGCUCACGUGACCUAGCAUUAGUGUGUCUCGCUUUCCUGUGCUCACCGCCGUCCCAGAGCUCUCCCCCCGGUGUCCGGUAACGGUAUAGCAGUUUUUGAUAUAUUGUAUAUUUUGGUGUGCUCGUGUGUGUGUGUGUGUGUGUGUGUGUGUGUGUGUGUGUGUGUGUGUGUCCCAGUUCAGAAUGGCUAGUGCCUUCGUGCCGCUGGCAUACUUUAUUUAUGUCUGUACAUAGCUCUGCUACUCCUCGCAUCCUGCAUUCCGGAUUAUCGUGAAUUAUUAUUGAUAUGACCAGACUGUCCAGUCCCCGUCUCUCUGUCCUUGUCUGAUGUCUUGCCAUAUGAACGCCCGUCCUCACUGUAUGUUUUCUCAGUCUCUCUCAUACGUGUGUGGGCGCAUGCUUUCUGCCUCUGCUGUUGUUUUCAUUGCUACUUCUACUGUUGUGCUAUCUCAACUGUUUUUUCUUCCCCAUUCCACACUGUUAUCCAAACAAGCAAUGUUAGAAUCUAUUACUAUGGUUCCUUUGCCAUGAUUUAUCACCUUUUUUCCAGGGGAGGGGUACCUAUGCUUUCGUCUGCAAUCAAAAUAUAUUUUGGAUCACGCAUUCCAUCAUAUUGCCGACCUUUGUAGCUAUUUUUUUCAAUUUCUGAACUGCUUGCGAACUAGUGCCCAUAUCUUCAUCUCUAUAGGCAGCGAUUUGCACUGCUGCUUUUCUGCCUUGUACAUUGCCUGACUCUUCUUCAUUCAUUUUCUUUUCACCCGUACCGUGCGUGACAUGUUUUUUUUAGGAAAAGGACUUUAAUAUUGCCUUGGA